AUGAUGGAGGACCUUCUGCGAGACCAAGACUUGUGGGCAAUUAUAAAUGAUUCAUGGACCAACUCGAGUCGCGGUGGUAACGAGACCAGUACUGGGAACCAGUCCAUCGUGAACCCCUUGAAGCGGAACGAGGAGGUGGCCAAAGUGGAGGUGACCGUUCUUGUCCUAGUUCUGCUGCUCGCGUUGGUCGGUAACAUUUGCGUCCUUUUGGCUAUCCAUACGAGCAAGCACAGCCACUCUCGGAUGUAUUACUUCAUGAAACACCUCAGUAUUGCGGACUUGGUGGUGGCAAUCUUUCAGGUCCUCCCGCAGCUUAUAUGGGACAUUACAUUCCGCUUCUACGGGCCGGACUUACUGUGCAGGCUGGUGAAGUACCUACAGGUUGUCGGGAUGUUCGGGUCGACCUACAUGCUUGUUCUAAUGUCCAUAGACAGGUGCUUGGCGAUAUGUCAGCCGCUUCGCUCUCUGCACAAGAGGAAGGACCGUUUUUAUGUGAUUGCCUCUUGGAUGCUUAGUCUGAUUUUCAGUACCCCUCAAGUGUAUAUAUUUUCGUUGAGGGAGGUGGGCAACGGAGUUUAUGACUGUUGGGGAGACUUCGUGCAACCCUGGGGCGCCAAGGCGUACAUUACAUGGAUUAGUCUUACAAUCUACAUAAUUCCAGUGGCUAUCCUAAGUCUUUGCUAUGGCUUGAUAAGUUUUAAAAUAUGGCAAAACUUUAAAAUGAAAACCAGACGGGAUCAGUGUAUGUCUCUGACGCCGCGGGAGUACAAAGGCGCAGCGCUCUCUCGAGUGAGCAGCGUGAAGCUCAUAUCAAAAGCGAAGAUCCGAACUGUCAAAAUGACUUUUGUCAUAGUCCUAGCUUAUAUUGUUUGCUGGACUCCUUUUUUCUUCGUACAAAUGUGGUCGGCAUGGGAUCCUGCUGCACCCAGAGAAGAUGUGGCGUUUAUCAUUGCCAUGCUACUGGCCAGCCUGAACAGCUGCUGUAACCCGUGGAUCUAUAUGUUCUUCGCUGGCCACCUGUUUCACGACCUGAUGAGGUGCUUUGUCUGCUGCUCCUCACAGUACCUGAAGGCCUCACGGUGCGGAGGAUUUGACCACCAGCAGAGCCGCAGGAGCAUUUCCACCUACGUCGUCAAGGACCAUAGCAGUCAGAGGAGCGUCACUCAGACCUCCAGCACAUGAGGAGUGAGGACCAGGGAGGAGAUGAGUUGGGGUGAGACAGGUUCUCCCUACCCCCGAAAGCCAUUCUUUAUACAAGUCAGAGGAGCAUCACACAGCCCUUCAGUUCAUAAGGACCAUGGGAACACCAGAAGAGGCCU